AUGGAAGAAUUGCCGGGAUCCCCCAUGUAUGAUGAGUCUUUGAAAAUUGACGGCCGUAGUGACGGUACUGAAAUUGUUAAAAAAUUACAAGAUAUUGUCUUGGUAUUUCUAAUACAUGGUCUUUGGUUUUCUGCCUGGAGUGAAGUUCUUUUCUUGUGCUUGUCUCCAGAAUUGAAAUAUCGUGUUAGGAUAUGA